AUGCCAGAGGAAAAUCACAGCAUUGUGACUGAAUUUUUCCUUACUGGAUUCCCUGGACUUCAUCCAGAGUACCAAGGUCUUGCCUCAGCUGUAUUGUUCUUGGUUUAUUCCUUAACUUUGAUAGGCAAUGCUACAAUUUUUUAUUUGUUUGCAACUGACCGCAGCCUUCAUAAACCAAUGUAUUAUAUAAUUUUGAAUCUCUGUACAUGUGACAUUCUCUUUAGCACAACCACUUUACCUAAGAUCAUCAGUAAGUAUUGGUUUGAAUCAGGGACCAUAUCAUUCACUGCUUGUUUUGUCCAAAUGUACUUUGUUCACUACCUUGGCUCAGUGAAUUCCUUUAUUCUCUUUCUAAUGGCUUUAGAUAGGUAUUUAGCUAUCUGCCAUCCUCUCAGCUAUUCACUUGUUCUUAAAAACUCCACUAUCUGUAUUCUCUGUAUUACUGUGUGGGUUAUUGCCAUGACAGGCCCUUUGACAAUAGUUAUUAGGGCAUACCCUCUUCCUUACUGUGCCUCAAACAUAAUCAGCCACUGUUACUGUGAUCAUAUUGGUAUAACAACACUGGCAUGCACCGACAGAGCCCCUUAUGCCUUUCCUGCUUUUGUGUUUGCAAUGUUUGCACUAAUGGGGCCUCUGGCAUUUAUAAUUUUCUCAUAUUGCUCCAUCAUUAUAGCAGUACUUAAGAUAGCAAAUGUUCAAGGUCGCCUAAAGUCUCUGUCCACUUGUAGUUCUCAACUGAUUAUAAUCUCACUCUAUUAUUUUCCCAGAUGUUUUGUAUAUGUAGCCAGUGUUUUUGGAAUUAAAUUUAGUACCGAUGUGAGAAUAGUAAUUAUCAUGCUGUAUAGUCUUAGCCCUCCCAUGAUAAAUCCAUUUAUAUACUGCUUAAGAACUAAAGACAUGAGAGAGAGCUUGAAAAAUAAAUUAAACAGGAGGACAAUUUUACAAAAAGCACAAGUUUCAGCUAUAGGUAACUGA